AUGGCAGGUCAGGCUCUGAGGCGCCAGUGGGUUUCAACGUUGGCAGCAGUGGCGCUGAAGACGUCUUUCACGCUGAUGGCAGUUGUAUCGGUCCCGGACCACAGAGAAGGCGAAGGUAAAAGCCGCAAGGGCGCCGAGGCGAGCUUGCACGCUGUUGAUGGCGUAAAACCUGCCGAUGGCAGCGAUAGGCAGCAUGCAGGCAAUGACCGUCCUGGUGAACUUGUGGUGCAGGUAAUCACAUACUGCUGGAAGUGCAUCCUCAAGCGCUCUCAACAAAUGAUUGGUCAUUUACCCGCGCAAGAAGAGAUUCUAGCGGGCCUCCGGGCCAUGGGCAAUAUGUUUACCACGGGCACUCUGAGGAUUCGUUGA